AUGUCUGAGGCUGCUUCGCCAAUUGGCAUUGCCAACCUUCCAAACCAGAGGCAUAAGAUCGUUGCUAAACGUGGAGCUGCAUUCACCAUCAUGGUUGCAGGCGAAUCAGGCCUGGGAAAGACGACGUUCAUCAAUACCUUGUUCUCGACAACCAUCAAGAACUACGCAGACCAUAGGCGCCGCCAUGCGAAGCAAGUAGACAAAACUGUUGAGAUCGAGAUCACCAAGGCUGAGCUGGAAGAGAAAUUCUUCAAGGUCCGCUUGACGGUCAUCGACACUCCCGGCUUCGGCGACUACGUCAACAACCGCGACUCAUGGAUGCCAAUCAUAGAGUUCUUGGACGAUCAACAUGAGUCGUACAUGUUGCAAGAACAACAGCCUCGCCGAGCCGACAGGAUCGAUCUCCGUGUUCAUGCGUGCCUUUACUUCAUCAGACCGACCGGUCAUACGUUAAAGCCCCUGGAUAUCGAAGUCAUGAAGCGCUUGAGCUCGAGGGUCAAUCUCAUUCCUGUCGUAGCCAAAGCGGACACACUGAGUCCGGCAGAUCUGGCUACAUUCAAGAGAAGAAUCCGAGCUGUUGUUGAAGCACAAGGGAUCAAGAUAUACCAACCACCGCUAGAGGAAGACGACGACGCUGCCGCCCACCACGCUCGGGCUUUGACGGAAGCUAUGCCGUUCGCUGUCAUUGGAUCUGAGAAGGACGUGAAGACCCAUGACGGGCGUGUCCUGAAGGGACGUCAAUACUCUUGGGGGGUCGCAGAGGUUGAAAACGAAGACCACUGCGAUUUCAAGAAGCUGCGGUCAAUUCUCAUUAGAACCCACAUGCUGGACCUUAUUCACACCACCGAAGAGAUGCACUAUGAAGCGUACCGCGCCCAGCAGAUGGAGACGAGGAAGUUCGGCGAAGCUCGACCGAGGAAGCUUGACAAUCCCAAAUUCAAAGAGGAGGAAGAAAGCCUACGUAAGAGAUUCACAGAGCAGGUGAAGGUGGAGGAGAACCGAUUCAGAGCAUGGGAGCAGAAGUUGAUCUCUGAGCGUGACCGCCUGAACAAGGAUCUUGAAAGCACACACGCAGCUAUCAAGCAAUUGGAGAUGGAGUUAGAGCAAAUGCAAGGCAGUGUUCAGCGAAGCCACGGACGCGCAAUCCACGCCGUGGUGUAUAGCUGUGGGGCUGGUCAAUAUAUCCUCACGGGUUCAAGUGACCGCUCCGUCCACCUCUACAACCCCUCCAAAGCCUCCAGCUCCACUCCCAAAUCAGGCCUCAUUCAAACCUACAGAGCCCACAGCUACGAAGUCCUCGAUCUAGCCGUUACAGCCGACAAUGCCCGGUUCGCCAGCGUCGGCGGUGACAAGCAAGUCUUUCUCUGGGACGUUGCUACAGCUCGAACAUUGAAACGAUGGAGCGGGCACUUCGGCCGUGUCAACUGUGUGGAUUUUGGUGGGGAAGACGGCAGUGUGGUCGUCAGCGGGAGCUAUGAUGCUACUGUCAGGUUGUGGGAUUGCAAGAGCCAGAGUACGAAGCCAAUACAGGUUCUCGAGGAGGCAGGAGAUAGUGUCAGCAGUUUGCAUGUGGUUGGGCAUGAGAUCGUGACGGGGAGCGUGGACGGGAGGAUGAGGGUCUAUGAUUUGCGGAUGGGAAUGACAUUUGUGGAUGUCAUUGGCCAACCUAUCACAUCAGUCCAGCAAACGCAAGAUGGCAAUGCGGUCCUGGUUUCUACUCUUGACUCAACUAUUAGACUUAUGGAUAGGAGCAAUGGCCAGUUGUUGCAAAGCUACAGAGGCCAUACGAACAAGGACUAUCGAGUCAGAUCGUGUCUGGGCAUGGCGGACUCAGUGGUGAUAAGUGGAAGUGAGGAUGGGAAAUUGUAUGCUUGGGACUUGCUGGAGGGGAAGGUGAUCGAGAAACUCGAGGCGCAUGGCGGGAAAGUGGCCAGCGCUGUAGCUUGUAAUGGGGUAAAGAAGGAAUGGGCUAGUGCCGGAGUUGAUGGCACCGUCAGUAUUUGGGCCAUGCCAGAGUGA